GCCCGCUUACUUCCGGCAGGCGCCCCGCCCAUCAAGGGCGAUGCUGUCAGAGCGUUUACGACCCGGAUGCCGCAAAGCGCUGGAGUGCAGCUGUGCGAGCGGCUUGUUUUCCGGAUCCCGGGGCUGCAGGUGGUGAAGUAUGUUAUGUCUAAAAGUGGAUUAAUUCCAUGUUAAGUGAAAAUGGCCAAUUCCUUGCGAGGAGAAGUACUGGCUCUUUACAAAAACCUGCUGUAUCUUGGACGGGACUAUCCAAAAGGAGCAGACUAUUUUAAAAGGCGUUUGAAGAAUGUUUUCCUUAAAAACAAGGAUGUGAAGGACCCAGAGAAGAUCAAAGAGCUUAUUGCACGAGGAGAAUUUGUAAUGAAGGAGCUAGAGGCCUUAUACUUCCUUAGGAAAUACAGAGCUAUGAAGCAACGUUACUAUUCAGAUACCAACAACUAACCAAUCAUUGCCACCAACACCUGGCUUACACUCAGUGCCAGCUGUUUGUGUGUACCAACUAUUAUAAAAUAAUUCAACUUACAAUGGCAAGAUACAUGUUUAAAAAACCAGAGUUGUUUUUUUUUUUAACUCUGAAUGCAGUUAUCAAAAUAAAACAUAUGAAGGUGACUUUGACCUUGGCAUGCUCAGCAGAUGACUGGCAUUAUGUGGCCAUUAUUUCUAUUAUUCUUUGUGCUGCUAGCUCCCCUUAAGCCCCAGAUCACUUGUCCUGCUUAGACUAACUUUCAUGAGGAGUGGUAAUGUUCCUGUUUCCACCAUCAAAGCAGGCAUAUUUUUGUUUGCCUGUAACAGAGGUAAUGUGGAGUAGACCUAGCCCAGACAGCCCCGCAAGUUUAACAAACACUUUUAUGUAAUAGUCUUAGCAACUUUAUAAAUAAAAAACUUUCCAACUUAAAGCUGCAAAAAGUGUCCGCUUAUAGAUUCCCUAUCAGCUACCUAGCAGAUGUUCCAAAUUUCCAUCAAGAUAUACCCAUAGUCAGGCUGGGGUAUAGUUCAGCGUGGAGUGCUUGCCUAACAAACAUGAGGCUCUGGACUUUAGCCUCACCACAAUUAAAAACAAGUAAUUACACACUUCAUAGUCACCAUAACUAUUUUUAUUACAUUACAAUGAUUAGGAGCAGUACGGUUCAUGACAAAAAUAUUACAAAUUUCAGAUCACUUCACAGCACGUACUCCUAUAAACAUUUAAAAGUUAAUUUUAAUUAAAAGAGUGGUCAUUUUUAAAUUUAAUGUUUGAUAUGACCAACAUUCCCUAGGUCAGCACAACCAAAGGAUGGAAAACAACUGGAUCACACUGCAUAUGUCCCCCACACACACACACACAAAAAAAAAAGGAAGGAAAAAGAAAAUGAAAGAAAA